UAUUUUUCUGUCGCAGCGCACUUCACACGAAUCGCUGUUCGCGCCAGAAAUGCGUAAUCUGUCAAAAUGUGUUGGCUCGAUUUCGAUUUUGAAUUAUUCUGUUAGUUUGUGUGUGCCUGUGCGUGCGAUUUUUCUAUAUUAAUGUAAAGAUACGCAACCAAAAUGCCGGAGAAUUUGCAAUCAGCGUUGGAUAAGUUAGAGGAGCAUAAUAUCUCCAACUUCUUGUCUCGUACGCAAAAUUAUACAAAAGUUCACAAUGCAUUGGAGAAGGAAGAAGCCAUAAGUUUCGCCGACAUAAAAAGGUUACAAACAAUAUGUGUUUACGAUUUGAAAGACAAUGUAAAGCAUACAACAUUGAUUUUAAAAGUACUUCUAACGUUAACGACGAAAAUAAAGAUGGGCAAAUACUGUCCACACCCAGAUUUACUGCCUUCAGCAUUAGCAGUGAUUCACAUAAUAAAGACUACAGCUUUUCUAAGUAAAGUGGAAUCUUUGAAGGAGUUGUGUUUUGAGACAUUAUUAUCAUAUCCUGAUGAAACACUUAUGGCUACUGCUGAGUGUGAUGAAGAAGUGUUUGAGAUAAUCAACCUGUACUGCCAUGCUAGAAUACCCUCAAAUAUUAGAGUACUGACUUGCAGUAUACUUCACAGAAUACUUGUGACACUGCCUCCAGAGAGAAAGACAAUGUUUAUUAAGAAUGGAAUAAAUAUUUGGUUUUCCAAAAUUAUUCCUACAAUCAUGAACUACGUACUGAACAAUCAGAAUGAAAUGUUAAUAGAUAUUCUGGAGAUACUUACAAAUGACAUUGUUAACUUUGAUUAUGUUGAUAGCUCACAAUGGUAUACUGUAUUGGAAUGUAUAUGUACCACAGCAAAGUAUCCAGCCAUUCUUAAAUUGCUACUUGAAAAAGGUUAUGGCACCUGGUCCAGAUUAUGGAUUGUUUUUAUCAAACUCCUCAAGCAUCAAGUGACACAGCCACUAGGAAGUAUUGGCACUCCAAUUAAUUCCAUGUUACCUGUUGUUGAGAAUGCUUUCAAACUAGAUGUGGAAAACAGAUGCAGAGCAUUUGAGUGUUGGUCUGUCCUCAUUGACAGUUUUGCCACUGAAACAAAUGAAAGCAACAUAAACAAAAGAAUCAAAUUAUUAAUCAUUCCUCUCAAGUCAAAUAAUGCGAAAGUUGAAAAAUCUGCUAUAGCAAAAUUCAAAUGCUGGUAUCACUUAAUAAGCAAGUUUCAGACGAAAAUGGAUAAGUUCCUUGACAAUAUAUUAGUAUCCUACCUACAAUUCGCUUUUGGUAGAUAUAAUGUACCUGAUAGGAGCAUUUUAGUCCCAGGACAGAUUUCUGCUGCAGUGACAAAAAAAUGUAUACAGGCAAUUGUAGAAAUAGUGGGACAUGUAAACUGUAAUGGCUGCACAGAACUACCAACAUUAAAAGAAAAAGUUAUAAAUACUAAGCAUUUAGUAGACAAUUGGAAUCAUUGGAUAUACUCAUUGACUAAAACAGUCAUGUUGACAGUCAACAGUGAGAACGGAUUGACGAAACAGCAGAUGACAUGUUUGUGGAAAUCAUUUCUUGUGACAAUUGGUGAACUACCAGAAAAUAAUAUCAGGAAAGAUUUGUUCACUGAAAUGUUGCUCAUAUUAACUAAUCUUGUGCAGGAAUGCAAGUUCACUAAUCAGCAAAAUGAAAUGGUGUUCAAUGUUUUGUUGCUCUCAGUAUUUGACAAGGAUCCCAGAAUAAGACAGCUAUUGAAGACCAAAACCCAUGUGAACGAUCCACUUUUCAAACUUAUUAAAUGUGUACUGGACCCAGCAUUGCAUCCUGUGUACCAAAGGUACACCACAAGAGAAAUAAUAACAUAUUUGCGGCCAUUGACAAAUACUAUUUUAGAUACAGAAUUGUGCUCACCAAAUGUUCUAAUUUCUUGGUUCUUUGACACUUAUUCUGUAAGUGAUGUACCACUUAUGUUAUGGGCGGCUUUGGCAGAGUCAAUAUGUGAUCCUGAAGUAGAUGUACCUGUUCAAUCAAUAUACAGUACUUUGUGUUGGCCAUUAGAUUCGAAGAAAGUUAAGCUUAAUAAUGGUAACUAUAUCAAAGUUGCUGCAACAGCAUGGCAGAAUUUAUAUUCUGUAUUUCAAGCGGAACUUAUAAAUGACGAUGAAAGGGAUGGGAUACUAAAACUAGUAGGUGCUACAUUGGAUGUUGAUACUGCUAAUGUAUAUUUGAAGCUCAGCACCAUACUCUGUAUUUUGAAACAUAAACUGAACGCAGGAAACUUUAAAUUUGCAGAAUUAUCUUAUGAAAACGAAGCUGACUUAUUAGAGAAACUCACUAACAAAAUGAGUUGCUAUGAAGACUUCGAAGAUAUGUUUUCGUGGCUUGUUGAAUCAGUUGUAAUAAUGAUGAAUACAGCAGUUUCAUUCACAAAUGAAACUCUUGCUAGACAUCUAUUAGCUUGUGUGAAGAGAAUUACUACAAUACUCUCGAAUGCGUCCAAUAAGGAUUCUGAAGAGUGCAGAGUUUCGUAUCUCGAAAGUUUUCUACACCCCAUUGGCUUACUGCUUACCUCGUAUCCUAAAAUGAUUCCCAUUCUUCUCGAUGAGUUAAUUGGUAGUUCUACUCUUUUCUGUACACGGUCUUCUACGAAAAUCGCUUUCAUAUCUCUCCUGAAGACGGUUUCUUCUAAAAUAGACAAUAUUGACGUAAAAUACGAGCAAAUAAAGGAUUUAAUAAAUGUAAAUGCAUCGAAUACUAAUUCGAUUGUUAAACCUGAGAUAAAAGCCGAGAAUGUCAUUAACUUCCCGACACCGAAAUCUGUAGAUGUACCAAAAAAAGUAAAUAAAAAAGGUACAAGUAUUGUCAACACUGUCGUAGAAAACGGCGAAGAGUAUGUAGUCGUUAAAUCUAAUUGGAAAUUUAAUCCACGAAAGCUUACCGAAAAUCAAAAAGAGAAAUUUCAAAGGAAAAGGGAAGAUAUUCCUGCUCUGUAUCAGGAUUUGUCACAGUCGCAAGAUGAGUUUAGGCUUACGGCCUGGAAGACAGACUCACAAGAUACUUCGAAUAGCAGCAGAUCUGAGAGCAAAUCCAACAAAGUAGAUAGUAAUGAAAAUGCUACAGAAAUACUCAAAAAUUUACCUAGUUCUAAUGUCGUACCGAAGAUUUUGGAAAACUUUUUCUCGGAAAAUGAUAAAAAAGAGGGAACCAGCAAUGAGGCCACAAAAAAUACUGCGAAUGCGGUAGCAGUAACUACGCCUAAAGCAAAGAGUAAUGUAGACUCAGCGACAGCUACUACACCCAAAACAAAGAACAUUGUAAAUUCAAUGUCAGCGACUACUCCAAAAAAUACAAAGUCACCUCGUAUGGCAUUAAAAGACAGAGUAUUCCGAAAUGUUAGAAGCUUAAUGGAAAAAUCUGGAAACAUGGAGGCCGUUAAUCCUCCGCUAGACCUCAAUAAAACAGAAAACGUUAUCAAUACACCAACACAAAGUAAAAUCGUAGAGUCUGCUAAUAUUGUGAAUUCUGCACCACCUUUGUUAUCAGCGCAUAGACCUUCACGAGUUAAAAGAAAGCCUAAAAAAUUCGAUGAAUUGCAGGCUUUAAGUGCUAAAAAGAGUCGAAAAACAUCUUUGGAUCAAAAAUCGGAUGACAACAGUCAGUCUAAUAGUGACAAAAUUGUGAAAGAUACCAGUCCAGUGGGUCCUGUAGGAGAGUCGAGUGUUGCGAUGAACGAAAAUACUAGUAUUGAGAGUAACACAAAAAUGUCAGAUAGUGAAAAAGCAGCCAGUGUGGAUGAACCCAAACAGAGUAAAGAAAGUGCUGAGAAAAAUCAAGAAGAAGCUAAAGUAAGUAAUGACGUUGUCAUCGAUAGUAUGAAAUCAACCGCUCUUGAAGAUAAAGAUAAACAUAUCAUGGUUCUGGAUUCGGACAUUAUUUGCAUUGAUCAUGGCGAAAAAGCAAGAAACUCUGAUGACAAAAAUAAAAAAUCUGCUGAAGAAAAUAAAGUAGUGCCAGUUGCAGGUAUUGUGAAGUCCAGUGAUAAGAAAAAAGGUUCACCCUCCAAAAGGGAUGAUUCUCAUCUCAAAGUAAGUGAAAAGUCUAAUUCUUCGGAGGAACCUAAUUCCAACGACAAAUCCAGUGAAAAAGCCACUUCGAAAAAGAGUCAAAGCCCUACUAAGAAAGAAGUAUCUACACCGCAACAAAAAACUAAAGGAACGGAAGAACAAAAAUCGACAGCUAAGAAGAAGUCGCGAAUCGAAAAAGAGUUAGCGAUAGACACUGUGGAAGGACACCCAUUCUUAAAACUGCAAUCGGAAAAGCGAAUAACAAGAAAAGCGUUAGAGGCUGUUAAUGGCGACCGAAGAAAAAGUUUGGCUAACAAGUUGAACAUGUCAAAAUCUGAAGCCAACAAUGAUAAAAAACCAAAAAGAAGAACUAAAACUAGAGACAGUGAUAGUUCCACCAGUUCAACUACUAUAGAUGAUAGCUCUGAUCCUAAUGAUCAAAUCUCAUUUUCACAAGAAGUGCCAUAUUCUGACGAUGUAAUCGAAAGUUCACAAGACUCUUCCAUAACUGUUACAUCCGUAAAAUCUACCAGAAAGACGCCUAAGAAAAUUCCCCUAGUUACUAUAGAGAAAAUGAAUUUAUUGGAUAAAUUGGAGGAUAUGAAUGAAUCUCAAAGUAUAUUAGACUGCGUUGUUAUUGCCGGUUCUAAGCAACCACAGCCAAAUAACCAGGAAAGUAGAGAUGAUAUUGAAUUGCCGCUGAACAAAACCGCCGAAGAAAAAAGUCAAGGCGAUCUUACGGAGAACAUGGAUACGGAACCCAUGGAGAAUAAAAGUUUUUCUGACGUCAUCAUUGUAAAUGAUGACCCAUCGCCGAUAACAAUCAGUAAUGAAACUAUAGUUGGGCCCGAAACUCAAGAAAUAGCUGACGCUGAUACUCAACCAACUGACCCAAAAGAGUUUAUGGAUCCUGAAGUAACUUACAAAGAUAUCUCUCAAAGUAUAACCAUCGAUAUAGCUAUUUCUAGCGUUACCAAAAACAAACCACUAUCUCCUAAAGAUCGACCAGUGACCAGAGAAGUAUUAUGCACAAAUGAUCUUACAAUAACAUUGACUGACUCAGUAUGUAUAGAUGGAGACAAGGAAACUGCUUCAUCGCCUUCCUCUUUUAGAGACGAAGUACAAAAAAGAAAAGACUUCCUAAAUAAUACUCUAGAAAUAUCACCUAUUAAGAAUAUGAGUCCGGAUAGGAAUAAAAAAUCACCUUCACCUGACACCAGUAAUGAUUACGUGGUUAUAAAGUUGACUUCACCUGUGCACAGUAAUGGCGAACCCUAUGAAAAGUGUAGUUCUCCUGAAGUGUUUACUGACGACAAGGGAUCUCCGGAUAAGAGAGAUCAGUCGCCGCCAAGAGUAGAGGUGACAGUGACAAGCACUAGUCCUAGUUCAUCUUUGUCCUUGAAAAAGAAUAGGCCUCAAGUGCGCUCUGGUGGGAGAGCCGCCCAGAUGUUGGGACUGUGUGUACCUGAUAAGGUCCAAGCUAUUGUAAACCCUGAGAAAAAUGACGUCGAUGAGUCAAAAAAGACCAAUAACUCCAGCACACCUGCACGACGAAAUUUAAGGAUUUUAUACAGUUCUGCUAGCGAAAAUAUAGAGCCGGUUGAAAUUGGAGGUGAAAAUGAUGAGAGCGAAACGUUUCUUAAGUUUAGGAGGUCACUUCCAGCAGUUGAUAGCAGUCCAUCAUGUCCUAUACUGAAGAGAAAGCUCAUUGAGAUUGCUGACGACGGAACUGUAUCACCGGCUUCUAAAAGAAAGAGAGUAAGCUUCCACGACCCGCCAGUAUCAACAACGAUGUCAGUACAAAAAUACAUAGAACCAGGAGCGCUGCGCUCUCCACAGAACUCAGCUCACAAGCGCAUGGAAAGGCAACAGCGACACUACACGCCAUUAAGAUCACCAAAGAGAUUAGAUCAUGCCUUCAAAUUAGACACAGUUUUGACUAAGACUAUUGAAAGUUUCUCUGAAACUGAGCUUAUUAAUAUGCCCGACGAUACUCAACCAUCCUCUUUAGACGAAACACCAGUGGUUGAAAUUGUUAGAGCGAGUGAACUCAACGAUACUGACCCUAUAUGCCCGGAACUAUUAGAUUGCAAGGACUCCAUUGACAACAUUGCUGGCGAAUUAUCCUCGCCUGCCAUGAAGGCAUUACUUGUUAAAGAGCUAGUAGGGAAGAUCGAAACUAUAGGAGACCUAGCGAAAAUGACGGAGCUUGAAGUAAAUAGAUUAUGCAUUAAAGCGCCUAAAGUGAAAGUAGCAAGAAAAGUCCUAUCUGAUUACGCUUCCAAAAGGGUUGAAAAGGCAAUUGAGAUUACGCCAUUGGAUGCCAACGAAUUUGAUGUACCGAUGACAGAAACAGAACUGAAUCGAUCUACUGUGGAGGUUCAAACAGAUGUAAAUGUUUGUGUUGAAGUUGAGAUGCAAACGGUUCCAGUGGCGACCUCUGCAAUGUGUGCACAGACUGAUAUUACACCGAUAGCACAUACAAGUAUGCAAACUGAAGAGUCGGGCAGCACAUCCACUUCAGAUAUCGUUAAAUCAUGUUUACAAGAAAGACAAGACUUCAUUGAACGAGUUGGAGAGCAGUUAGAAGAGUUGUCUGUUCAAAAAAUAUCAGAAAAGCUGUCGUGCAAUGCAAUGACUGACUUAUUAAUGAAAAAGGUCACGCCUACCGAUUGUAAAGAGGUUUUAAAUAGAUUAUUGGAGCACCAAUGCAACAAUCAUAGUACUAAUAAGAUUAGUAAUGAGUUAUCGUUUAUAAGGGACUACAUGUGCGGCAGGUUUGAUUCCAAAGAUUUGAUCCUAUUCUGUAGUGAGGUACUUAAAUCAGUGUACGAUAAACCAGCUUAGGUUUUGGCACUAAAUCUGUGCAGUUUUUGAUACAUUUGGAAGGACUACAAGCCGUAAAGUUCGACCAAAUUACCGAACUAUAGACUAAUUAUUAAAUUCUUUCUUUAUAUUGAAGUGUAUUAAGUUUGCUUUGAAACGCACACUGCUUGCGGGUUUCAUUGUUAUGACGUAGACAAAUUUAUUGUUUGUAUUGUGAUUGCUUCAAGUUUGAAAUUGUUAAGUUUUGUCUAAAUUGAUUGUUAUUCCCAAACGCUGUUGAUGACAAAUAAUGUUUAUAUUUACACCGAAAUAUCAUUAAAGUACAGUUGUAAGCAGUUUUAAUAUUUAUAGCAUCAGUUCUACUAGCUAAUCUGUCUGCCGAGUAUAUUAUGUUUAACAUAUUAUUAUGUAUGUACAUUUUAGAAUACUAUCUUAGUGAUAAAUACUUUAAUUAGAAUUUGUGAUUGUGAGGGAUUUAUCUUAAUCCUUUGUUGCGUAUGUUUUAUCUGGAUAAAUGAGUAAAUCUCAAAAAUAAUGAUAAAAAUAAACACGUAAAUAAAAACUAUUUUUUAUUUAAUGUAAAACAGGUAAUAUUUACAUUAUUCAGUCAUGAUGAUCAACCGCUAGAUCACAAACAUUAAAUCGAUUACAUCACGGAACAAACACUUAGUCACUUGAAUAUAUGUUCACCACAAAUGCAAUGAUAGUAAAUACUUGUACAUGCAGAAUAUAUUGGUAUAACAAGAAAAUAUUAGCUGUAUCAGAACAGAAGGGGAUGGAACAUGGCAUCGAGACAAAAUAUCACAACUAAUAUUUACAGCAACCCUAAGAUAGGUAACAGUUAAAGCUUUAUUUUAUAUUUAUUAUAUAAACAGUAGAUCAAAAUGUUUCAUCAGAUAUUACACAUGUAUCUACACCUCUACUCACCCACCCCAAAUUAUAUCACGCUUAUAUAGACGUCUUAUUCGAUAUUUAGACUAAGAUUGCCAAUUUAGGUAAAAUUGUUGAAGAAA